CUCCCUUUCUCUGCUCCAAUUAAAUCUUCUCUUCUUUCAGCAUCGUCAAUAUUGUUCCACACAGCUUAUUCCUCAGCUCUUCCUGCCUCCAUCCAUGGCGUCAAGCAGUUCAGAAAUUGAGAAAGAAUUCAAAUUCUUCCGCGUUUACAAAGAUGGGCGGGUCGAGUUAUUUCGCUUCGAUUGGGAGACGGUUCCGCCGUCCGAUGAUCCCAUCACUGGUGUUCGAUCCAAAGAUGUAAUCAUCUCCUCAGAACCACCUGUAUCUGCCCGUAUUUUCCUACCCAGAGUCACAAACCCCAACCAAAAGUUCCCUCUCCUAUUCUACAUCCACGGUGGUGGGUUUUCCAUCAUGUCCCCAUCCGCCAAGCAAUACCAUGAAUUUUGCAACACCGUCGCCGCGAAAGCAGGUGUUAUCAUCGUUUCGGUCGAGUACGGACUCUUUCCUACCCGACCCAUACCCGCUUGCUAUGAUGACUCUUGGGCCGGUCUUCAGUGGGUGGCGGGUCAUGUCAACGGGAACGGACCCGACCCGUGGUUGAACGAUCAUGUCGAUUUCAGCAAGGUCUUCAUUGGUGGAGACAGCGCCGGAGGGAACAUUUCGCACACAGUGGCGUUUCGGGUUGGGUCAAUAGGGUUACCGCCGAACGUGAAGGUGGUGGGAGUGGUGAUGGUGCACCCAUUUUUCGGGGGUACCGAGGAUGAUGAAAUGUGGCUGAGCAUGUGCCCCACCAACGGCUGACUGGAAGAUCCACGGAUGAAACCACCGGCGGCAGAUUUGGCGCAGCUCGGGUGCGAGAGAGUGCUGAUUUUUGUGGCGGAAAAAGACCACCUGAAUGUUGCGGGGAAGAAUUA